GUCACAUUUACCAAAAGAAAGUUUGGUUUAAUGAAGAAAGCGUAUGAGUUAAGUGUGUUAUGCGAUUGUGAAAUAGCGCUUAUUAUAUUCAACAGUAGUAAUAAGUUAUUCCAGUAUGCUAGCACAGAUAUGGAUAAAGUAUUACUCAAAUAUACAGAGUACAACGAACCACAUGAAAGUAGGACCAAUAAUGAUAUAAUAGAGGUUUUGAAUAAAAAAGAAAACAAAGGAUGUGAAAGCCCUGAUGGUGAUCCUGAAUAUACACUUACACCAAGAACAGAGGAGAAGUACAAGAAAAUAAAUGAUGAGUUUGAUAGGAUGAUGGGGGUUCGUCCGCAGGAUGUCCAUAUGCAUGGCAAUUAUCCCCCAGCCAUGCCAGUGAGCAUUCCCGUAUCACAACAACAUCCUGGUGUUAGCCAUUCAGAUUACAGCCAGCCUAGCAGCUCGUCGGCCAUGCUUCCCCCACAACACAAUCCUCGGCACAGCCUAAGCCCUCAACCCCUGAUUCCAAGGACAAGCCUCAGUCCGCAACCUCACAUGGUACGAACUAGUAUCAGUCCCCAGCCACAGAUAUCACGGAACAGCCUCAGCCCACGACCACCGCCAAGGCCAGCUAGUACAGGUGAUAUUGGCUCCCAGGAAACAAGCAGCGAGAAGAGUGACAGCAGGGCUGGCCUAAGCCCCAACGCAGGUAACGGAUACCUUCAGGUCCCCCAUUCUCAAGUGUUGGGUCAUCCAGGAGCCACGUCCCCGGUCAGUAACAACAAUCAUUUGAUGGUUAAAGCUCCGAACAUGCAGAAACAGCAGUUGACCUCACCGGCUAAUCUACGACCGCACCUGAAAGUGGUGAUACCAACGUCACGUAGCAUGCUCCCUCACGGACAAUUAAAUGAUCUAGCAACACCAACAGUUUCUUUAGCAACCCCUAGCAACCCACAGGGAGCACCGAACUAUCCAUCAGCCAUGGCAACGGCAUACCAAGCAGGAGGGGAGUUUCCACUGAAUAGUGCAAACAUAGCACACAUGCAGAGCAGUUUUGAUGGCCAGCAGAUGAACAUUACCAAUUGGCAACAUUCUCCGCAUCAUCAGCAGGGACCUCUGACUGCUGCUGUCCAAGCAGCAGGAAUCUCUCAUCAUCCACUCGCUGGGUCAGGAGUCCAGGGCAUGAACCUAAAUGACCAGAACAUUAAAUGCGAGCCAAUCUCACCACCGAAGGACAAGAAGUUACAUUCACACGGCGGUCUACUCGUGCAGACUACGUCAGCCAGUUCACACCAUGGACAGUCUUCUCCUUCGUACGCUGAUGAGCGGGGUCUGCACACAAUGCACAGUGGUGAUGCGCCACCGCACAAACGAUCCCGGGUAAAUGAGGCAUGGGUGUCAUAGAGCAAUGCUGCAAAAUCUCCAGGUACCCCUUAGCUUUACGGCUGUUUCAAGAGGUCUUAUUUUUGAUACUUUUCAAAAAAAACCGCAGAACGUGAAGCCGGUGUUCUUUCGGAAACUUGAAGAGAGUAAGACCAAACCCAUUGCUUCCCCAGAACUUGGAUGCACUAGCAAAUGCUAUACAAUAUUUUUGUAAACUCCUCACAGAUUUGCUCCAUGACGUAAGAUGUCUAUAAAAGGAGCGCCAAAUAGGUUUGUUAGCAUCUGUGUUUUUCACUAUGUCCACAAAUUACAAUGUAUAAUGAAAAUAUGCUGAAUAAUACGUUAAAAUUAUUUUUAUUUUUCUUUCGUACAACUUUUAAGAUAAUUGUUUUGUAAAAAUGGUAACAUGUGUCUGCAUCAUUGUCAUCACCUGCUUCUUGAUAUACUUUGGGUUCAUAGUUCAAAUUCUUAAGACCAUAAAUAUUUAAAUAAAAAGUUGUGUAAUUCCACAAUUAUAUCAGCGCCACCUUGUCAUAAUGCUCUUCACCGAUCUUUAUCAUCAUCGCUCAUCAUUAUCAUUAGCACACACUAUCAUUAUCAUUACCAGUCAUUAUCAUAAUAAUUAUUUAAUACUGUAUAAAAAGUCCUAGAAAAUCCCGUAAUUUUGUCAAAUGCAACCUUGUCAUAAUGCUUAUCACUAAUCAUUAUUAUAAGUCAAUCGUGACGUCAUCACUGCAACUCCCAAUGUUAUUUGCCUAUCCCCGACAGUCCAAUAAUUUUUCAAUUAGUGGACGUUUGGCUUGAUUUUUUUUAGGUUCCUGUGCAAAAAAAAAGCCUAAUUUUUCGUCACCACGAAGAUAUCGCACCGCACCGCGAUGAAAAUUGAAUUGUAAUUGAAAACUACUUUCGAAAAACAAGGUUUAUUAGAACCCGAAGAAAUUUACUUCAAAUUCAAUAUUAAGUAUUUCAAUUCCUUGAAUCAAUGAACCCUAAUAUUCUACCUAUUUUAAAGACUCAAGGAACUUUAAUUGCAUGAUCAAAUAACUAAACUCACAAAUAUACCAGAACAAUAACAAUGAUGAUUAAGUAACUUUUCUUAUUGAAAAUAAAAUAAAAAUUAGUCAGGGCUGAUUUAUUAUACCAGUUGCGUGUUGCCGAAGAUUAAUAAUCAUGAUGAUGAUAAAGAUGUGAUGCAAAUUCCGGGAAUUAAUGAACUCUAAAAUAUUCUUGUCAGUUGACUUGUUCAGAGCAUCUGGCCGAGGAUGCUUGUAUUGUUAAAUGAGGACACACCGUACAAAACAUACAUACGUCAGCAUGGUCCUUGAGAGUGCUCCGUCUUGUUACAACAAGAUAAACGACCAACAACUGCUCCGUGCUGUCUGCAACGCUGUCAUGACCCUCUGUCAUCGUAGCCCCAAUCAUUAGAUAAAGUAGGCUUAUCAAAUGAAAAGAUAAAAUACUCAAUGAACAAGUUCUUUUUUUGGUUCAGUCUUGUUCUAUCAUAAAUUCUUUGAUUACUAUUGAUACAUUUUCUUAAUAAUGCCCUUUUCUUUUCUCAAUUUGUAUUCAGAAAUUUAAAGUAUACUAUAAGCCUGUAUAAAGUAUACAUGACAAGCCAAUAUAAAACAAAUUAAGGAGCGGGAUCAAUUUUGUAUAUCUCUAUCGUCUCAAAUAUUUACUGACAGUUUUCUCGUAUCAUUACUAUCAGUACAGGACAAACAAUAAAAAAAAAAAAAAAAAAAAAAUAACAUGCAUACUGAUUCAGCCUAAUAUGAAUUUGCAUGCAUAUAUCUUGUAUUUAUAGACACAUAUAUAUUUAUACACACACACAUACUCAUACAGAAAUAGCCAAAAAUACACCAUGUAAUAGACAGUUCUACUCCUAUUUGGACCCAUUUACACAUACAUACGUCCCUUAGACUUACCCCAAUGCCCUACAUAACAUGUAGGGCAUAGAUUGUGAAUUGCUUCUAUAAAGAGAGCUAAUGUAGCAGGUGUGUGUUACCAAGUCUUCCAUGGUCUUUAUGGUUCUACCUUUGAGGAAAAAAAAGAACACCCUUGAUUAAUAAAUCAUGAGUUGUAUCUGAGGAUUCCGCAGCCUAGCACACAUGCAAAUCAUGUGUCUCCUCCCACUCGAAUUGCGGUCACCAAUAAUUGGGCCGAUAUAUUCCAUCAAUUUGUUACUCAGAAGCAGUAGAUAUACGAUUCCCUAUAUAAGGGGUAGGUCAUUAGCAAACGAUUGAAUUGAUAUUAAAUGUGAUAUUUCAUCUAAUUGUGCACCUAUUCGGCCAUAUACAUGCAUCAAAUGAUUGUACUUAAUUAAAUAUUCCAUUCAAUUUUUAAUGGAAUGAUCAGUUUAUUUUUAGUAUUUGCAAGUUGGAAAAAUACAAUUGUUACUUAAAAGUAAAAUACAUUGAAUAUAUUUUGUAUCAAUGAAGUACUUUAUCCAGUAUAUUAUGGAAUAUUUAAGUAUCAAAUACCGUAACUGUGUGGCGUUGUGUAUCGUGUAUAUUGCAAGCUCAUAAAUAUUUAUAAGCAAAACUGAUUAAAUUAUGAAUACUAAUGAGUGAAAUUCUAUACCAUGGAUAUUGCUGAGCAAAAAUCAUUUCAUAAUAUACAUUGGUGACAACUUUCAUUAUGAAUUUUUAUUGAUGGGUGAAGAUCCUCAUGAAUAGUGAUAAAUACAACUCAUUUAAUAUUUAAACUUUGGUUAUGAUAAACUCGCUAAGCUAUGAAUAUUGAUGAGUAAAACAAUUAAUUAAUGAAUAUUAAUGAGCAAUCAUAAAUCAAAUUAUUAUACCAGGUGAUAGUGACUUGUAUAUUCUAUUCUCAAAUAAGAAGUCCAGUCGGUGAUGCCAUGAUCUCCAUUUUGUUAACCAGAAUAACUAUUUGAUGUGCGUUUUUUUUAUGCACAUAAAAACACGUGUGCGUUUACACGCAUUACAAAUUUAAGUUUAAAAAAAAAGAAAAAUAAUGCGAACUACCAGAAAAUGAGACCUCAUAAUCUGGUAAUUAUUGACCAUUAUUUUUCACUUCCUAAUAGCGGUCUUCACCAAAAGUAAUCUUUAUUUAAUUUGUAUGAGUUAUGAUGUAUCAAUAAUAUGUACUCUGGCAUGCUACAGAGAGAUCACUAGGGUUACUGAAAUGUUUAUUUUUUUUUUUUUGCUUUAUCAAUCAUGAUUUAAUGUGUAUAUGUCAAAGUUAUGUAACAUAAAACCUUACUGUAUUUCUAUGUAAACAAAGUUGUUCUGUUGUAAUAAGAGGAAAUUGGUUGUUGUCGGACAUUUUGAUUUUGUUUUGUUGCAAGGUGAGAGAGUGUGUUGUAAAAAAAAAAAAAACAAAGGCAGCUUGUAGAGACACUGUAGCAACUGCUGCUUCUACCUCGUUAGCAGCUGUCUCAAUUGAUGCAUGUAGAUGUUCGUCUGGUUUCAGCCAGAUGUUGUCGAUAGUCUAUUUUUUGGGGCUUACAUUUUUGGAUGACAGAGAUAUAAUAAAGUGUUAUCUUGUAAAUAAGAAUCUGAAUAUUGAAGUAAGUUAUUAUUAUAUUAUUCUAUUUUUUUUUGUUAUUCUAUUAAUGUAUAAUUUAUCAUUAUAAUUCUUAUUAUUUUUGCCAUUAUUUUCAAAAAUUUAAUAUUCUGAAGUUUUUAAAACAAAAAUAUUUCUGAAAUUUAUGACAUUUUCUAGAAAGGUAUAAGAUUUUUUUGCCAGGCUAGGGGGUUUUUAGUGUCCCUAGCAGGUUUUGUCAAAUGACGGCAUACAUUUUUAAAAACCAAAACAUUGAAUGUAGAUAAUUUUAAAGAUUUAAACUCUAGGAUUGUGAUUGAUAACUCUCGCAUAGAUAUUUUUUUCCAUUAACUUCUUUAGUAGUUAAAUUCUGUCAGUCUAGUGUAAUUCAGUGUUGUUUUCUUUUAAAAGUAUUUUUAAAAAUUUCCAUUUUAGGAAUUUAAAAAAUGUCAUUGUAUAGUACGUAGUCCUCAGGUGAAUGGGAGACUGUGAUUGGUUGAUGAGUCAGUCAUGUAUGUGUGAUGUGGUUUGCUUGUUAAAGUUCAAAAUUUAAACAUGUGUUUUGUUGUUGUCACAACAGCAUUAAUUAUAAGUAAUUGGUUAAUUGAAUUAUUUUAUUGGCUAUAGUUAUUGUAAUCUAAUGUUAUUGUACAAUUAUAAUUGUUUACUAUUAUAGUUAUUACUAUAGUCGUUUCAUAUUGUUAUUAUUGCGCUAUUGUUAUUGUUGUUUAUCAUAUACAAAUGGGAUAAACAACAAUAGCUGAUACAUGUUGUCAAAAUAACCUAUUACAUUUUUAUCUUGAACCAGUUUUAAGAUACUUCUGAUGUUCAUAUGGUGUAAAUAUGAAAUUGUAGUACAUAUAAAAUGUGAAUUUGUUUUUGUUCUAUAUAAUUUUUUAAAAGUAAGUGGUUUACUUUAAGUUCAAGAAAGAGCAGGCUCUGAUCGUAGAUUGCACGUUGUCGACAUGUUGUUGGAAAAAUUCACUUGAUAUGGUUUCUUAUUUUUAAUUGGUAGGUUUGCCAACAAAAUAGGUUGUCAUUGGUUACUAAAGGUAUUAUUUUACCGGAGCUAAUGCAGUUUUAACGGAUGAAAAUGUUAAUAGUUAUUACCUAAUGAUUUGUUCUGCUGAUAUUCCGUUUUCAAUUGCAAUGACAAAAUAACUGAAACACACUACUGCUACUUACACGACUACUUCUACUACUACUACUACAACUACUUCUAAUACUACUACUACCAAAGAUACCAGAAACACAAGAUAGAGUUAUCAACAAAAAAAAAAACCGAAAUGCAUAGUGGGAAUACAAACAAUGGGGCGCCGCAUACGGCUGGAUCUAAAAAAACUGUCACCGUUACACAAAUGUGAAUACCUAACCUUUUUUUGCGGAGGUUGAAAUCGUUGCCAUUAUCCAUAAGAUACAAACAAGUAGGCAUAAAUAUAGUAAAACAAGAAAAAAACAGACACAAAAGCAUGAAUCGUAUGACAUAUUUUAACUCCAUAAGUGAAAAAAAGAAGGGCGCCGUGUGCGUCUGGAUAUACUUUACAACAGAAGGGUGCCUUGUACAUCUGAACUAAGUAUAGAAAACUUACAUUAUAAAAAGAGAAGGGCGCCGCGUACGUCUGGACCAAUUUCCUUCUCAAUUUUUCUGUGCGAGUGCUCUAUCUUGUAUUUGUGGUAUCUUUCCACAGCCAUUGCAUGAUCACUGUUUAUUUGCACCAUCGAUUCAUCAUCACCCUAAUAUUCAUUGAUGUCUUAUGUUGUCUAAUAUACUUGAUUGUGUAAGAACUUUGUGGAUCUCUCACCCUGCGUCAGUGCCUUAAAUAUAGCCUAUACUUAUUGUGUGAAAAAAAAUAUUAAAAGAUGAGAGGAUAUUGAGUAGAAAGCUCUAUUAGUAUUGUUACAGAUUUGUAUAAAACUACUGCUGACCAAGAAAAGUAUAGAAAAUGCUUCAAAUUUGUUAUAAAUAAAUAAUGUAUAAGAAUAUAGCUUUUCUUUGUCAUAAAGCAUAUGGACAGAUUUUUGCUUUUAGCAAUCUAUUGAGCUAGUGUAAAUUUCUAAGCAUUGUACAUAAAUUUCAUUGCAAAGGGCCUGGGUAGGUAUAGCGGAGCCACACCCGAUAUAUACUUGUAAAAAUGCCUAUUUUUCGUGUGAAUUAAAAGGGACAUUUUUUGGUGGAA